AUGAAUGACGGCUUCUCACAAGAUCCAUGGGAUAAAGUGCUUAGAACCAGUGAAAGGUUAGCUUCCACAAAAGCUGAACGCUUUGGAGUUGCUCUUGGCAAUGAAGUUGAUCUGCGUGAGUUGGACCACUACAUUGGUCGUGACGAUCGUAUCUAUAGGGAUGGUUCAACGGAAAAGUUGGUUUUGCUUACUUUAAGACUUUUUCUCAAAAAUUAUUUAAGUAUUGCCCAAAAAUAA